UACUACCAAUCCAAUCUGAGAAACAAAAUAUCCCUAGACAGAUAAUUGCGGUUUUGUGAGCAUCGUGUUUUAAAAAGCUGUUGAAUUUUUACUAAACUUCCAUAAAUUAUGGCUGAAGCAAUGAAACAAACUGUGGCCUCUAUGCUUAAAGGAAUAGAAAGGUAUAACCCCGAUAAUCUACCCACCUUAGAGCGAUAUGUGGAAAUUCAGUCUCGAGAGAACGCAUACGACUUGGAAGCAAACCUUGCAGUAUUGAAGUUAUAUCAGUUCAACCCUCAGUUCUUCAACAUUGAUAUAACCUGUCAAAUUCUUCUAAAAGCAUUAACGAACUUUCCUCACACAGACUUCAUUCUCUGCAAAUGUUUACUGAACGAACGACAGCUUGCCGAGGAACCGAUCAACCAGAUAAUGUAUUUGGGCGAUAUUUUAGAACAGUGCGAUUUCCAAAUAUUUUGGAAACGUGUUCACUCGAUGCCAGAAUUGACCCAGCGUAUUACAGGAUUUCUGGAUUCGAUUCGUAAAUUUGUAUGCCACGUAGUUGGUAUUACGUACCAGCGCAUCGAUAGAGUGCACUUGGCGGAACUUUUAGGUGACGUUGACGACGUUACUUUGAAGCACUGGGUAAAGAAGUACGGUUGGAAAGAAGAGGGUGCACUUGUUUUCAUUUCGAACCAGGAUGAAAACAUCAAGACGAAAAAUAUUAAUGAGAAAAUUGAUUUCGACAAUGUGGGUGCGAUUAUGGCGUCAUGUCGUUAAAUUUGUAUUUUUUGUAAUAAAUAGACAUGUGUUUUGUAA